AUCGAUCCAUCAUCCUCUUUUCUUUUUUUUUUUUUCCGAAAUUUGCCAAAAACACAAAAGAAGAAACCAUUUCUUACUCAUCAAUCGAUCGUCAACUCACCGAACUGCGGCAACUUAAAAAGAUCGUAUAAAUAAAAACUAUAAGAGGUUUGAGAUUUUAACAUCUUUGAAAUUUCUCCAUCUUUUUGCCCUUUCUUUCUUUCGGGCCGAAGGAAUCUGCUUGACGGUUGACUGUGGCUCCGCCGAUGGUACGCCUCCUCUUGCUUUCUAUCUAUCCUCCUCCGUCGCUUCGAUCGACGACCAACAGCCCUCUAUCGAUCGAUCUCGUGGAAAAAUGCAGGAAACCCUUACAUCUGAUUCCAUUGAGAAGCGUCUUCGCUUGCAAAACGAGGUUCUAAAAUGGCUGUCAGAGUUUUCAGAAAAGCUGCUUCAGAGAGCAAAAGAUACCGAAAUGGAAAUGAAUGGACUAUUCGACCAAGCUGGGGCUGUGGAACUAGAUCUGAAGAACACUGUCAACACCCUCUGUAAUUUAUCACGCGAUCUACUUAUCAAUCAUAAGAUAUCUGAUGAAGAUGACAUUGCUUGUCAUCCUUUGAAGGAUCAUGCUGAAUCUUCGGCUCAAGCGGGCAUUCCUGCUCAGGAUUAUCAAAAAGAUAUACUACCAAGAUAUAAGAAUGCUUUGUCUUUGGGUUUGAAUUCCUGCAGAAAACACUUGCAUGGUAUAGAGAGAAGGCAUAUGACCAGUUCUGUUUCUAGAACUGGGUUAGUAUACCGUCCACUUCCACACAUUAUUGGAUCUGAAGAAUUUAUUCAUGAUAAUAGCUGUGGCAUAACAGAGAACACAUCCUUGGGAAACCCACAGCUUGAUUUAGGCUUGAUAUUGGAAUCAAAGCAAGCAUCGUCAGUUGCAGAAGAGCUUGAUUCCCUUGAUUUAUUUGGUCCUGACAUUUUUGGAAAUCAACAAGAUUCUUCAGAGAAGGAUAUGACAGAUCCUGUAGCAUCUGCUGCAUCAGAUUUUAAAGCAAUGCUUGAAGCAGCUCUACUCAAUCAAUACAAAUUCCAUGAUGAGGAAAGUUUGUCAGUGAAGGACAUUCUCAGGGAUAAGAUGAUCUCUGGACAAAUACAUACAGAUGUGCUUAUUCAGGUAGGAACUUCGGGAGAACGACAGGUCUCGCAAGGCACUUCUGAACAGCUGAAUAGUACAAUAGAAGAAGACAAACCUGUGACUGAAGGAAAUCUUUGUUCCGUUACUCACCCACAGGAAUUAUAUUCUGCACUAUUGGGUGGAAGUUUAUUUGACAAUGAUGAGGAUCUUCUCUCUUCUGGUCGAAAGGAAUCUACUGAUGUUUCUACUUAUGUUGGGGAAUCAAAUUCCUGGUGGACAGGCAUAAAAGGAAAAGACAACUCAAUGUGCAGUAAUGAGGAAGAAAGUGGCCAGCGAGCUCCUUGGCAAGUUGUUAACUCUGACGAGUGACAAAAGCCGACUACAAUCAAACCAGAAGACAAUGUAUCAUCUUCAUUAGUGGCUAUCGGUGAUGAGAUUCUCUCUGACAAGGAGUCAUGCAAAUUAGAUGCUGAUGUCUCCGAGAAGGAUAAGAUGCAUACUUCAUCGGCAAUGCAAUCUAGAGGAUAAUGAUUUAACCUCCUUGGUAGCUAGCUGCAAGGACAAUCUCUCUGACAAAAAAACAUGGGAAUCAAAAGGCUAGGGAUGAGAGCCGGAGGUUGUCUUCACGGAAAUUAAAAGGAUGAUAAAUUGUCCUUAUUGGCGGCGGGCUAUGGUGACAUUUUUGACUAAAUAGGGAUCCAAGUGAAAAUGAUCACAACAUUGCUGGAAGUUUGCAAGGUUAAACAUUUAAUAUUAGUUCAGCUUCAUUGCAACAAGUAUGUUGUAUUUCGAUAACCAUUCAUUGUCAAAGUUUGCGAGUAACCUCAGCUAGACAUGAGUAGGACCCAUCGGGCAUAUUAUGUGCCUGAUGACGACCGGAUGAGGAUUAGUGAUGUCCUAAAGAUUUGACUGUACUUGGUCUCAUGCAAUAAUUCUAUGUUGAUUGGAAAUGAUCAGUUUUA